AUGAAUGUUGUCGGAAAUGCUGCUGAACAACCCGACCCAAAGGAAUCGUACGCAGAGGCAUUGGCCAAGGUGACCACUGUGCCAACGGAAACCCUGGUGGCGGGCGAUCCCCUCAACCGAACAUUGUUGGUAUCCGUCGAAGACUACCAACCAAACUGGAACGCCGACAAGAUAUUCGAGCACAUCGAGAUCCUGCACGAGCGGUAUGGACUUGUCGUGUUCCUUCCUGGAGUUGUUGUCCCCGUCGGCUUCUCACUCCUCCGCUUCAUCCCUUUCCCAGGUCGGUGGGUGACCCUCUUCAACGCCUGGAUCGUCGACCCCCCUGCAAUCGGCCGACAUCACAAAGUGCCCACAUUCUGGGGAUUGACCAACAUGCCCACCCGAGGACAGGCCUUGUUCAUUGCAUACCUGACCAUCCUCAAUCUUCUUCUUUGCGCCACAGGAUACUCUUCCAGACAGCCAAACAGCUGGUGGCCCGGUGAUCGAGACCGCGAAAUCCUGACAUAUGUCACCAACCGGACAGGUGUGCUGAGUUUCGCCAACAUUCCACUACUCAUCUUGUACGCGGGCCGAAACAAUGUCAUGCUGUGGCUGACCAACUGGAGCCACGACACAUUCAUCCUGCUGCACCGCUACGUUGCUGUAAUUGCUACCUUGCAGGCCAUUGUCCAUUCGCUUAUCUAUCUAUACAUCUAUGUUGUGGACGGUGAUCACUCCAGUGAAAGCAAACUUCCAUAUUGGUACUGGGGAGCAAUUGCAACCAUCGGCAUGUCGGUAUUGCUUCCGAUGUCAAUCUUGCCGCUUCGCCGAAUGUUGUACGAGGCCUUCCUCCUCUGGCACAUUGCAGUCUCCGUCCUGGUCAUGGCAGGAUGCUAUCUGCACAUCUACGACCGGUUCGGCCACCAAUGGGGAUACGAGGUCUGGAUCUAUGUCGCCAUUGCUGUCUGGGUCUUCGAUCGACUCCUCCGGACUGGACGGUUUGCUCGCGCUGGUAUUCGAUAUGCAAAGAUCACCAUUAUUGACCAUGACUAUAUCCGCGUCGACAUUGAAGGUGUCGGCGGCAACGGCCAUGCGUACCUCUACUUCCCCACGCUGACCUGGCGGGUGUGGGAGAACCAUCCAUUCUCUGUGGCGUCAUCUAUUCUCAACACUCCGACGCCAUCCCUGUCCAAAGUGGAUGUCAAACUCUUGAUGACCGAUAUUGAGAAGGACGCCAUCUCAACGGCCACUGGCGUCGUCGUCUCGGAUCACUCCAGCGACGGGGAACCUGAUGAUCACCUGACCCAACCACCAAAACUAGCAAUGACUUUCCUGCUCCGCACGCGCGGCGGUCUCACUUCGAUCCUGCGGCGUGCACAAUGCAGAAUCCCCGUGCUCGUCGAGCCCGGUUAUGGGCAGCAGCCGCACACCGAUCUCUCCGCCUAUCCAAUGCUGAUCUGCGUUGCCGGCGGCGUCGGAAUCACGACCGUGAUACCGCUCCUGCGCAGCCAUCCAGGACGAUCCAAGCUCCUGUGGGGGAUGCGGACUCGCUCGCUCGGCGAAGCCAUGGCCCACCAACUGGGUGGAGUAGUGGAGAAGCAACUCUUCGUCGGCGAGCGGAUGGAUGUGCGGGCUGAAUUGGAGCGAGAGCUGUGCUCCCCUGUCGUCGGGAAUAAUUGUCCCGUUGCCGUUGUCGUCAGUGGGCCGGCGGGAAUGGCGGACGACGUGAGGAACGCGGUGUGUGGGAUCGCGAAGAGGAAGAAGGAUCUCAAGGUGAAGCUGAUCGAGGAGUCUUUCUCGUGGUAG